AUGUCGAUGCUUGGAGAGUUAUCUUUCUUUCGUGGAGUGCAAAUUUCACAAUCAAAUGAAGGCAUAUUCAUAUCAAAAACCAAGUACAUAAAGGAGAUGUUAAAGAAAUUCAGAAUGGAAGAUUGUAAUGCAGCAAGUACUCCCAUGGUUACAGGAUGCAAACUAAGUAAGGAUAAUGAAUCCCUUGAUGCUGAUCAGACUAAAUAUAGGUCCAUGAUUGGAAAUCUACUAUAUGUGACGACAACAAGACUUGACAUCAUGCAAGCAGUUGGAUUUGUGGCACGUUUUCAAGCAACAACAAAAGAAACUCAUGUACAAGCCAUCAAAAGUAUAUUCAAGUAUCUAAAAGGUACCAUGGACUUUGGAUUAUGGUAUCCAAAAGAAAAAGAUCUCACUCUCAUAGCAUAUAUGGAUGCAGAUUGGGUGGGUGAUGUUGAUGAUAGAAAGAGCACAAGUGAUGGAGUAUUUUUUCUUGGUAAAAGUCUAGUAUCCAGGUUGAGUAAGAAACAAGCUUCAGUUUCUCUAUCCAUAGCAAAAGUUGAGUAUAUUGGAGCAGCAGUUUGUUGUACACAUGUGUAA